CCGGAAGUGAAUCAUUUGAAUGUUCUCUGCCUGCACUGUUGUAAACAGGUAAUGGUUUCACUACAGCUGGGGUAAGAAUCAUACUAUUACAACUUUAUUGGUUUUCUUGUUUGAAUUAUGCGAUUGUAUUUGAACAAGUUGGUGUGUCUAAAAUGUCUCGUACGUAUAAAAAGAAAAAGUAACUUUAACAGUCUUGAUAGCUACAGGUUCAAACAUUAGCACGGGCUAAAAGCAGCAGGCUAACACAGAGUUUAUCAGAAUCAAAAUCAGCUUUAUUGGCAAAGUAUGUGUACAUAAUAUACAAGGAAUUUGACUCCGGAAAAAUUUGCCCUCUAUGUAGAAACAAUAAACACGAAACGUUACAAAAACUUACGAGGUACAAACUGGAUCUAGUCAUUUAACAUUUAUACUGUAUACGAGACAGUAGUGCAAUGGAUCAAUGAUGAAGAGUGGUUGUGGAGACAAAAAUAGAUGGGGUUGAUUUCCCUGAGAGUUAAAAAAAAAACAGGAACAAGCAGGCUGAGCUUGAUCCUGAUCUACUCAAAAGAACUCCCUUAUGAUGCUUUUACUGUGUGUCAAACUACCUACCGAACUGUUAACUUGUACAGAGCUGUCAAGAGUACAUGUCACUACAUAGAUAGAUAGAUAGAUAGAUAUUUUUGGUCUAAAAGAGGUCUAAUAGACGUUUAAAUGUGGCCUAGAUGACUGGUCUAAAAUCAGGCUACCACAGAUCUAAAAAUGAAUUUAGAAAUAAAUUUAGAUCAAGUCUAAAUCUGGGCUACAUCUAUACUACAUUAUUGCUCAACAGCUAUCACAAUUAUUUUGGUUAAAUAAUUGAAGAUCAGUUAUGUGACUCACAGUUACUUUUUGAAAUGGUUAUCGAAUAAUGAGUUAAAGUGCAACGUCUAAAAAUAUACAGAAUCUAGACGGUUGAAAUUAUGUCUAAAAAAUAUUAGAUGUCUAAUAGCCCUUUAUUGUUUGGUGGGAACAACAAUAAAGCGCUUUUACUUAUUAACCCAUGAGUAGCACUAGACCUCUGAGUACCUAAACAAAAAACAUUUAUAACUGACUAAUUUUGAUCACUGAGUACAUUUCAAUGAUAGAUCCUACAGAAUUAAGCAUUUUUCAUAUACUAAAAGCGGGACUUUUAAUGGAGUAUUUUUUAACUGUGUAGCAUCUCUGCUGUUCAGCUGUUGCGCCACUUUUGGAAGAAUUAACUUUGAAUAACAGGCAACAAAAUCUAACUCAAUCAAUCUCAAACCCUGUAAAAACUUGUAAAACUGCAAUGUUGUUGAUUUCUUUUUUUUAACCAUAGUGGUAGUUAACUUCAUAAUUGUAUUUGUCACAGGCCAUUGGCAUGUCCCUUCAAGACACACAAUGGAGCCUCGACACGGGAUUAUGAAAGCCUUCCCCAAGGUAAAAAGAGCCAAAGUGAUACAAGGAAAGGAUGCCCCACCAGCAAAGAAGACAGUGGAUGAAUGUGAAGUCACAGGUUGUUACCAUGUCUUGUUUAUGUGUUUGUGAAAUACAUAUGGAAGAAUAUAUGUAAAAUCUUUACAAAAUUACAUGUGAAGUAAGGCAGGAUCAUGAUAUUUACAUAUAUGACAUAUUUAUGUUGUGACAUGUCUCUCUUUUAUGUCCCAGGAAGCACUUUUAAUGGUGUCACAGUAUUCGUCCUGUCUGCUGGAAUAGGAAAUGCCAGGUGUCAGAUAUUCCAGAGACAAAUUCAGCAGAAUGGAGGGCAGACGGAAAGUUCACUCUGUCCAGGUGUCACUCAUGUCGUGGUAAACGAUGACAUGGACAGGGAAAGGGCUCUACGUCUCCUCAAAGUGGAUAGCAUGCCCUCUGGAGUCCAGCUGGUGAAAUGCAGUUGGUUGAGCAUGUGCAUCAGUGAGAAGCAACUCCUGGAUGUUGCCGGCUACAGUCUUCUUUGUCCAGAGAGGUUAAUGAGCUCUCCGCACUUAAUUAAAAUGUCUAAUUGUUUUUUUUACCUGUUUCACUGUUAAAUAAUGUUUCCAGUUUGCUAGACUCAAUACAAAAAAGUACGUAAGGGUUUAGGUGUGUCUGCUUUUAAUUUAUGAUAACAUUUCUACCUCUUAUCACAUAAAGUUUUUGUUAGUAUUGAAAAAACAUAAAUUUUGGAAAGCGGGUAAAUCAUUUAAAAUCAACUAGGUUGUUCAGUCUUUUAAAAAAUCCCUUCAUGUUUGUCCAAUUAGGGAAUCUCAAACACAGAGUGAAACAAUUAAAGAAGAGAAACCGAUUGUCAAACCUGCUGCAGAGGCUGUCAUCGCUACAGGUUCUGAUCAAACUAAACAAGAGAAGAUUACAGAUGAGGUAGGUUUCCAAUUUGUGUGCAGAAAACACAAUUUUAAUGGUUUCAGGUUCAGUCUAGGUGAAAAGCCAGACAUUUUAGGCAUGAAUGAAAAGUCUGUGAUGUUUUCCAGUUUAUUUCUCCAUUUUACCCCCAGACAGUACCUGAUACAGCAGAGGAAGUGCAAGGGGAGGAAGACGGGGUCUCUCAGGGUGACCUAGAAGCUCUUAUCACUGGCCAGCACCCCAAAGAAGAGACCCUCGGACCCAGCCUGGCCUCUGGUUCAGACUCUACUGCUCAGAUGGUGGUCUCAGGAAAGUGGGUGUGUGCCCAAUCCUCUGAAUCCAAGACUAAUAACUUCAACAAGCACAUCACCGACAAACUGGAAGUGCUUGCCAAGGCCUACACACACCAGGGGGACAAAUGGAGGGCGCUUGGCUACUCUAAGGCUGUCAACGCACUGAAGAGUUACCACAAGCCUAUCACGUCAUAUCAGGUGAUUCAUCUGAGAUGUUUUUGUAAUAUGGCCGCGGUAAUGUCAACCAUGUGUUUACAGCGAAAGGAAUUAAAGUUGAAAGAUGAGCAGUGACAGUUCAGUGUUUUCACAGAUUCCUCAUUUAUUUAAUCUGUUUUCUAGGAAGCAUGUCAGAUCCCAGGAAUUGGAAAAAAGAUGGCUGACAAAAUUGACGAGAUCAUGGAGAGCGGUCACCUGAGGAAGAUAGACCACAUUGGGGAGUCUGUGCCAGUGUUAGAGCUUUUUACUAAUAUCUGGGGUGCAGGAGCUAAAACUGCUCAGCUGUGGUACCAACAGGUGGGGCACACUUUCACUUUUAGUUCAGAUUACAGACACUUUAGGCUGAGUGUGUACGAGUAAAGAUAACUGAGUCCAAGCUUUCACUUUCCCUUUUGAGACAAGAGGCAUUUUGUUUACUCAUGAGGUUAUCCACCUCCCGGCAUGAUUUACAACACAAUGCCAUGAUAAUAACAUGUACAAAAAGAGAAGUCAGAUAACAGAUAUACAAUCUGGAUUUAAAUUUUGGAUUAUUCCUUCACUGAAAAUAUUGAGGCUUACUUUUUUUAAAAGUUUUUUUCUGUAAGUAACACGAACUUUUAGCAUCUAAGGCCCAAGUUUAUGAUAAUAAGGUUAUCAAAUGCAUAACCACUUCACCAGAGAAGGCUUGACAGGUGUAUUUUUCUGUCCAACUAAAUUCAAGUCUUGUUUUAAAUACCCCAAAGUAGGCUUAAUCAAUCUUAUUUUAUUUGCUAGUUAAUGGUUUGAGUGCUGAAGUAUAACAAUGCAUGUGAACCAAGGUAAAAAGUGCAUAAACAGAAGCGCAUGUCAUCUAGGAACCAUUCUUUGUUUCUGCAAGUCUGGUCUCUCUGUAUUAUCUGUAAUUUUUGUAAUUUUACCAACAGCCAUCAGAGUUUAUACCCUUGUGUAAAUAGUAGAUAACUUUUAGAGACAUGUAAAGUGAGACAACAGACAAUUGAAUUUCCCUUUGUGAAUUAAUAAAGUUCUUCUUAUUCUUAUUCUUAUUUUUAUUUAUAAUAUGAUAUUUUUUUCAGGGAUUUCGCACAUUAGAGGACAUUCGCACUAAAGCCCACCUGACCAACACUCAGAAAAUAGGACUCAAGCACUAUGAUGACUUCCUGGACCGAAUGCCCAGAGAAGAAGCUGGGGCCAUAGAGAAAGUGGUAAUGUCAACAUGUGCUAGUGAAAUAUGUUUUUAUCCCUCUCAUCUUCAUUUGCUAUGUGAAACCAAGUAUAAAAAGAUCAGAUAUCUUUGAGAAAUGCUCCACUCUGACCCUUCUAAAGCCGAGAGUUUGGAGUAGGAAAAGCAUUUCUUUCAGCUUUCCUUGACUGCUAGAUAAUGGAAAAAGCAGUCUGUGUCCUUACUAAGUGGAGGAUCCCAAAGGAGAAAACUAACUCUUGAAUCUUACUGCAUUUUAAGUUGGCCAGAUAGCUGUUCCCCCCAGAGUGCUGAGUACAACACUAGCUGUUUUCAUAUUGUAUUUCUCAGAUUUUCCUGCAAAGCUGCCAGAUACAAAGUGCACAUCAGAUAGAUGACUUGAGCAUGUGUACUCCCCAAAGCUUGUCAAAGUAAUAUGUGAUACUUUUGAGAGCUUACCUCCAUGUCUUUGGCUGGAAACAGGUACUAACCUGCUUGUUUGACAGUAAGGAGAGGAUGUUAAAAACAAGGGGACACAUGAAGUAAACAGCUCUUGUGUUAUUGUGAAUCCAAACAUUUUAGAAAAGCUUUAUCACUCCUCAAUUGUUGACAGCCUGUGUUGUGUGUCUUCUUUGGUUGGUAUACAUGCAGGUGAGAGAUGCUGCCCAUGCCAUAGACCCACACCUAUUGGCAAUGGCGUGUGGCUCCUAUCGGCGAGGGAAGGCUACAUGUGGAGACGUUGACGUGCUCAUAACUCAUCCUGAUGGCAAUUCUCAUAAGGGCAUUUUCAGUAAAGUUUUGCAGAUCCUCCAUGACAGUGGUAAGCCAAGUAUUUAGAGUAGCUCCUCUUACAGUCAGGGGUUCAUGUUUCAAAACAGAAACUAAGAAAGUUUCUGUCAUUUCAAAGGGUUUCUGACAGAUGACCUGGUGAGCCAUGAAGAGAAUGGAGAGCAAAAGAAAUACAUGGGUGUUUGCCGUCUUCCAGGACCCGAUCAGCGCCAUCGUAGACUGGACGUCAUCGUCGUACCCUACAACGAGUUUGCCUGUGCUAUCAUGUAUUUCACAGGCUCAGCACACUUCAACCGCUCCAUGAGAGCUUUAGCUAAGACAAAAAACAUGAGCUUAUCGGAGCACUCACUGAACAAGGAUGUGGUGCGUCAGGGUAGUUUAAAAGUGUAUGGCGGCAGUCCACUUUCCACACGGACAGAAAAGGAUGUAUUUAGUCUUUUAGGUGUUCCCUACAGGGAGCCUCAUGAAAGAGACUGGUGAUGAUAUUACAGUCUUUGACUUGAUCAUAACACUGUUUGUGCUUUUAAGUAAUGAAAAGAUAUCUGCUUUUAGUCUAAAACUACCAGAUCUAAGAAUGUUUUACUGCUGAAAAGAUCAUGUGAGAGCCCGUUUGACUUGAUGCUAUUUUAAUUCAUGAAUGCCGAAUAUUCUUAAAGAAAAUCUGCAAUUUAGUGAUUGAAUGUGGGAUGAUGUCAAAAUAAUUUACAGGGUCAGAUACCACUUAUGGGAGUGGUGAAAAUAUGCAGGGAUGCAAGUAAAGGGAAAAGCCAAUUUAAGAACGGAAUACUGGACACUACUUUGAAUAACAUAUAAUCAUGAUGAAAAAAAAAUCUAAUAAAAAAAUGAAUUUACUUAA